UCGUGCGGCGGCGGCGGAGAGGCGGAGCCCGGGGAUCAUGGAGGAGCUGAGCGCGGUGGGGGAGCAGGUGUUCGCGGCCGAGUGUAUCCUGAGCAAGCGGCUCCGUAAGGGCAGCGCCGAGUACCUGGUCAAAUGGAGAGGCUGGUCCUCCAAGCACAACAGCUGGGAGCCGGAGGAGAAUAUUUUGGACCCACGACUGCUCUUGGCUUUCCAGAAAAGGGAGCAGGAAAAAGAGCUGCGAAACAGAAAGAGGGGUAAACGACCAAGAGGACGUCCGCGUAAAAACGUGGAAACAGAGGUUCCUCCAAAGGCAAAGUCAAGCAGUUCUUCCUCCUCCUCCUCUUCAUCGUCUUCAUCCUCUUCAUCCUCUUCAUCUUCCGAUGACGACAGCGAUACUGAAACGCAUCGUGGUCCAAGACCGAGAGAAUCACACCCAGUGCCGCAGAAGAAGGCACAAGCCGUGGUGGCCAGGCCAGAGCUGAAGGACCAAGUGCGUAAAAAGCGAGGAAGAAAACCAUUGCCUCCUGAGCAGAAGGCACCCAGAAGAGCAAAAGGGCUGAAACCUGGACCUAAACCAGGCAAACCACCAGGGAACAGUACCCAGGGAUUCACUGCCCUCAAAACCCUUUCCAAAGAUGCACCAAUUUCCAGCAACAACCGGCCAGGUGGUCUGUCUGCAGAGUUACUCUCCAGCAUUGCCAAGAACUCUCCCAGUCAACCAAAUGGGAGCUCACCCAGAAGCCUUAGUUGGCAAAGCUCCAUCGUUCAUUACAUGAACCGUAUAACUCAGAGCAACUCACAGCCCGGCAGAAGACCAGUCAGCUCCCCUUUUGGUGCAAAGAGGACCUGCCCAGACCCAAAAAUUACUUCAAAAGUAAGGGCAGAUGAUGACACUGGCCCUAGCAAAACCCCUAAUAUCCAAGACUCAGAGGAACAGACUCGUCCAAACACUGGGAGUCAACCUGUGUCUGGAGCGGCGUCAGCCAGCAGAGAGAGCACCAGCCAGACGGUACCUGCCCAAAGUAAGAAUCCGGCCACAACAGCCUUGUCAGCAUUCAGUGGGAACCAAGGAACAAACCAUCCUUCAAAAAAUAAUGCUCCAUCAUCUCUUGGGGCGGCUGCUGGAUGUAAAGCAGAUAAGGUGGUGCGGAAGACAGGUGGAGCAGGCACAGUCAGCUCACCGGCUGCAGCACCCCCAGCCCGCAUUUCUACUGUUGAGAAAUCGCAGCAGGUGGAAGGGCACAGACAGCUGGCAGAGCUAAGCACUGGAGACGACAGCAGUUUGGAUUCUGACCAUGACUCCUCUCUCUCCAGCCAGGACAUGUCUGUGCAAGCUAGCCAGGACUGGAAACCAGCCCGCAGCUUACUGGAGCACGUUUUUGUGACCGACGUCACUGCCAACCUUAUCACAGUCACGGUCAAAGAGUCUCCUACCAGUGUUGGCUUCUUCAACAUGAGGCACUUCUGAAAUCAAGGGAUGUAGGACCAAAACUCCACACAAUACACCUCAGCAAAGACUUUUCCUGUACAGGGUUCUUUGCAUGCUUCCUCAGUCUAAUUGUAGCUAGAUCAUCAGGAUUCUGCCUGUUAUACCUUUGACUGCCUUUAUUUUUUUCUUUUAUUUUUUUCCAGGGAUCUGUCAAUAUACAGAAUCUUCAUCUCAUUUUUGCAUUCCAUGCAAGGUGGCUUGCAUUGCAUCGGACAGAUACCAAAACGUGUGUUUAUCAUUUCGAUUAAGCUUUCUCCAUGUCUUUUGAGAAACUCGUACCAUAAUUGGCUGGUUUAUCGCUACUGAGCAGGUUUAAAAAGAUUACUGCUUACUCAGACUGACGGAGUGUGUUAAGCCUCUAGGUCAUAUAUCCUAGAAGCCCGUUUGGUGUUUUUGCCCCGGUAGAUGUUUUGGGGGUGUCCAGCCAUGUAGGGCAAAUAACACAUAACAUGCUUGCUGGGGGAGGGGGGGGUGAUAGUUUGAGAAACUGUUUAUUAAACAUAUUUACUGUUUAAGCCUUAAAUACUGGAAGAUGGGCAAUUUACUUGCGCAUCCAGCACCUCAAUGGUGCAGCCUGUUAAUGAAGAAUUAGCAAUAUCUUGCUGUUUUUUUACUUUUCUUUUUUUUUUUGGUGUGCAUUUUUUUUUUUUUUUUAGAGACCAUUUGGCACUACUGCCAGUAAAUCGUGUAAGCAUAUUUUAGAUUAUCUCCGUACAAGUCAUGAAAAAUCGCUGGUGAUGUUUGAAGUGACUAGGAUGCCAGCGUUAAGACAAUUUCGGUCUCUGGCCAAACUCUGCCUUUUUCCUCCCGCAGAUGGAGCCUGCCUUUCGAAAGCUUCUGGUCUGUACUGUGCAGGGAAGCUGUGUGACCGUGCCUAUACUUCUUCAUGGCAGCUACAACAUUAUAGUGUUAACCAGUCCAUAAAAUGACAAUUCCUCCUUAGAUAGAUUUACUUGUAUUAUAUAGUAUUUCUUUACGACUUGUGCUCUUACCCCAGAACUCUGUGCCUUUAAAACUUCCUGUAGGGAGCUCAGCUUUCUAACAUCCAUAUAAACCCCUAUGUGAUCUGGUGGCCCACGCUUUACUUAUGGUCCUCUAAAGGGCAUUAUUGAUUUAGUGGAGAAGAGCUUUAACACGAGAGAGGGAUUGGUGUACCAAAUCAUUGGACAAUGGCUGCAGGAGACAAAUUCAUGGCAGCAUCUUGCAGCCAAAUCUUACAAAGCAAUAAGAAACAUUGAUUUAUUUAUUUCACCAUCUGCAGCCAAGUGCCUUAUAGCUCUAGACAGGUAGCUGCAUGAGGCAUUUUUCCGGCCCGUUGAUUACUUUUUCUGGCCAAUCUGGUAUUGCGUGGCCCCUUUAAGGAGAUGCUUAUCUCUGCACAAUGAAUAUUAAGUGGCCUUUUUGCUUUUUUACAAGGGUGAUAGAACCUUUCUGUACUGGGUUACAUGUAACAACUUUAUUCUUUUUGUAAUUUUUCAAGUUUACCUAAUGCACCGUAGCUAGCCAUGUAAUCCUCUUUUCUUGCCGGUGAUAUGCCUAGAGCAGGUAGGGCUUUUCUUUAGUAAAUGAUGUUAUUACUAUACAUACGCUUUGUGCGUGCUGUUGUACAACCAGUUAACUUGUUCUCUGCUGCUGUUUCCUGUUACAUGGUGACCCAACUUGACUGGAAACGUUCUGUAUUUAGAAUUAGUAGCAGAGAGUAUGGUUUAUCUCUUCUACAGCAAAACAUCAGAAAGAGGAGAAGAGCAGAAACUGUGCAUUUGAUUUCAGUUAUAGCAUGCAUGUAUAUAUCCGCUACUUGCCUUGCUUAAAGCAGCUCUGUCACCUUCUGACGACCUCCAUGCUUGCUGCGUGGUGUCCCUUGCGUGAUGAUGUCUAUGGUCUUCAGUUCCUGUCACUACAUCCGCCAGAUGCCCACGUCAGCUAUACAUUUGUACACGCGUGAGAGUACAACACUAAUGUCAAUGGUGGAUUCAUAAAUAGACUCUCGCAUACUGACAGAAUGGGAACACGGUCGCUCCGCUCCUUGUUAUGUUUAGUCAACUUGACGAUUUAACACAAAACAAAGUAGUUCCUGCUUUGUCUAAUGAUCUUUUAACUGCGUUGGAAUUUCAAUAGAAUUCUAACAGUCCUUAAGAGCAUUUAUUUUUUUUCUCUAUGAAAUGCUCAUUUUUCGGGGGGAUGUGACAGACUGGCUUUAAUAUACGUGAUGGUUGCUGUCCGUGUGUUGCAUAAAACAAAAUGUAAAAUGUUUUGUAAUUGGCCCUGCCUCCAACUUCAUUACCAGCAGUAAGUGGAGUGCUGCUCAUUGUACCCCUUCCUGAUAUUAUGAGCAGUAGUCUUGGGGAGUGUUGUAAGGCCUUACAGAACUAAUCCACAUUCCGCCUGUAGGGUAUUUAAUUGGUUACGAUGUUAAAGGGCUGGUUUGUAGGCGAACCAGACUGUUGGGAGAGUUCAUUUCAAUAUGUUAACGUUUAGUUUACUCUCCCAACUAUUUUUUUUUUCUUUUUCUCCUCUACAAUCGCCUCACACAAUUCAA